AUGUGCAAGUUUGACAUUACAGAUGCCUUCAAACAAUUACCACUGCAUCCAUCAGUAUGGCAUCUACAUGGCAUUAAGUGGGAUGGGAAGUUUUACUUUUUUGUAAGACUUGUUUUCGGGUCUAGGUCCAGCCCAAAGAUUUUCGAUAGUCUUUCGCAGGCCAUUUGCUGGAUUGCGGAACAUAGAUUUAAUGUGAGAUUCAUCCUACAUUUACUAGAUGACUUUUUAACCAUAGAUCCGACAGAGGAAGUAGCUAUGAGAUCUAUGGCAAUUAUGACCAUGAUAUUCAACUCACUUCGAGUACCUUUGGCAGCUCAUAAAACCUUUGGACCUGUGCAAGAGUUAGAAUACCUGGGCCUCAUGCUCAAUUCUAAGACUAUGACCGUGUUCUUACCAACAAAUAAGAUGGGCCGGAUUACUGCCAAAAUCUCAGAAUUCUCUACUAAGCGCACUGUUACGAAGCAGGAGCUACUAUCUUUGUUAGGUCACCUGAACUUUGCAGCCCGAGUAAUCAUACCAGGGAGGUCCUUCAUUUCUUACUUGCUCCAGCUGGCGUCGUCAGUUUCCCAAUUACAUCAUCAUGUCACGUUCACUACGGCUUGUCUGUCAGAAUUAUCUAUGUGGAGACAGUUUCUUAUUUCUUGGAAUGGUAUACAUUUGAUUCUGAACAGCCAAGUGGUUAGUUCUUCAGACCUGCAUAUUUUCACUGACGCAUCAUCUACUAAAGGAUUUGGGGGCUAUUUCCAGGGGAGUUGGUUUAGUGAAGUAUGGCCACCACAGUUGCUCUCCGUGCGACAUGAUAAGCUAUCUAUGGCGUUAUUGGAUCUUUAUCCUAUUGUAAUUGCGGCAAUGCUGUGGGGAAGGCAUUGGUCUCAACAGAGAAUUCGCUUUAACUGUGACAACCAGACAACAGUUCAUGUGUUGAGGAAAGGAAGAGCUUCAUCACAUUGCCACUCUAUUAAUGCUCUCUUGCGCCGCUUAACCUUAACGGCCAUGAAACAUAAUUUCAUUGUGUUGGCACAGUUUGUUCCUGGCAGGCAGAACUCUAUUGCUGAUGCUUUAUCACGCUUUCAAUUGCAGAAAUUCCACAGUCUGGCACCAGAGGCAGAACUGAACAAGACACUGUGUCCACCGUUUUGCAAAGUAACACUUAUUUAG